AUGGCUACCCGGACUCUGGAGGCUCGCUUCGACAGUCUUUCUGUUAACGAUGAGAAUGACCCUCAUGGCGACACCAAGUAUAGCAAGUUGCUUGCAUCAGCAAGUCGGCCAACCCUCGUCAAGGUUGCCCUUCAAUCCCAAAGCGCAAACGCCAAUUCAGCAAUCGUGACCCUCCCAUCCCAAGCUGCUCAACGAAAGAACCCACCCUCGCCCACAAGAAAACCACUUCCCACUUCAGCCCGCGCCUCCUCCUCCACCGAGGCCGACAACGAGCGGAGAUCCACGGCCCUCGUCGAGCAACCCUCAGUGCCCAAACAAUUCCACCUCGGCAUGUUCGAAAUAGGCCGGCCGCUAGGCAAAGGAAAAUUCGGCCGCGUCUACCUCGCCAAGGAACGCACGAGUGGGUUCAUCUGCGCCCUCAAGGUCCUGCACAAGAACGAGCUCCAACACGGCCGCGUCGAGAAGCAGGUGCGCCGCGAAAUCGAGAUCCAGAGUAACCUGCGCCACCCCAACAUCCUCCAGCUCUAUGGGCACUUCCACGAUAGCAAGCGCGUCUUCUUGAUCCUGGAGUUUGCUGGUAAAGGGGAGCUGUAUAAGCACCUGCGCCGCGAGAACCGGUUUCCUGAGUGGAAGGCGGCACAAUAUAUUGCACAAAUGGCCUCCGCACUGCGUUACCUCCACCGCAAACAUGUUAUCCACCGCGACAUUAAGCCCGAAAACAUUCUCGUCGGCAUCCACGGGGAAAUCAAAAUCUCCGAUUUUGGCUGGAGCGUUCACGCGCCUAAUAGCCGUCGCCAGACGAUGUGUGGUACCCUUGACUACCUCCCUCCCGAGAUGAUCAAGCCUGGUAGUUCGGACAAUUCGUACAACGAAAAGGUUGAUCUGUGGAGUUUGGGCGUCUUGACUUAUGAAUUCUUGGUUGGUGAAGCGCCAUUCGAAGAUUCGCAGGUCAUGACGCAGAGGAGGAUCGUCAGGUGCGACAUGAGCAUCCCGUCGUUUGUGAGCCCCGAGGCGAGGGAUCUGAUCAAGAGGCUCCUCGUGCUGGACCCUGAAAAGCGCAUACCUCUCGAGCAGGUCCAGACCCACCCCUGGAUCAUCAAACACUGCGUCAAGGGAGAGCGCGCUACGAAUCGAGAGCGGGAGCAGAGGAGGUCGUGA